UCCAAGAUGGCGGCCGGUAUUUUGCCAUUUGUUCGAGGCGUUGACUUCUCUCAAAAUGAUUUUCAGACACACACGUUCCCUGAUCGUGUGGCAAACAUGCCCAAUCUACGAUGGUUGAAACUCGAUAAAACAAGUCUGGAGGAAUUACCGGAUGAAAUAUCGCAUUUGAAAAACCUCGAAAAUUUAUCCGUGAAGAAGAAUCAAUUAACCAAUCUUCACAACGGAGACUUGACAGCUUUAAGCAAUUUGAAAGUCAUCAAUGCUCGUAAGAACCAGCUGAAAAACUCUGGCAUUCCGAAUGGUGUAUUCAGUUUAGAAGAACUACUUACAGUUGAUUUUAGUCACAACCAGCUAAAGGAGGUUCCAGAAGAACUUGAAAAUGCUCAUUCAUUGAUUGUUUUAUCCCUUGCAAACAAUAGGAUAGCAAGCAUUCCUAAUCAGUUGUUCAUCAACUGUACAGACUUGAUGUACCUAGAUCUGAGUGAUAAUCAGCUAGAUUCUCUCCCACCUCAACUUCGAAGAUUAGUUAACCUCCAAGUUUUGGUGUUAAACAACAAUCCUUUGAUGCACGCUCAGUUGAGGCAGCUUCCUAAUCUAAUGUCACUUCACACAUUGCAUUUACGGAGUACCCAGAGAACCAUAACAAACAUGCCAAACAAGCUGGACAGUUUAGCUAAUCUGAGAGAUGUUGAUCUUUCGUACAAUGAUCUACCAAGAGUUCCUGAACCAAUUUAUCGUUUGAGUUCCCUCAAGAGAUUGAACAUGAGUCAUAAUUGCAUCUCGGAGUUAUCAAAUUUGACAGAUACAUGGACUCAAAUGGAAGUGUUGAAUGUGUCAAGGAAUCAAUUGACAACUUUGCCUCCAGCACUUUGCAAACUGACUAAUCUACGAAAAUUAUAUUUAAAUGGCAACAACCUGAACUUUGAGGGGAUUCCUACUGGAAUUAGCAAACUCUACAAGCUGGAAAUAUUUGCAGCUGCUUGUAAUAAGCUGGAAUGUAUUCCUGAAGGAUUAUGCAGGUGUUUGAAACUAAAGAAAAUGAUCCUUCAUUCAAACUGUUUACUAACUCUGCCAGAAGCCAUACACUUCCUGCCAAAUUUGAAGGAAUUGGACACACACAACAACCCAAACUUAGAAAUGCCUCCUAAACCAGCCGCUCAACAGAUUGGUAGCGGAGCAGAGUAUUACAAUGUUGACUUCACGUUGGAUACGCAACUACGACUGGCGGCCGGUGCUUCACAUGUUGAUCAAGCCGCGAAGCAAAUGAUGAAAGAUCCCGCCCAAAGAAAGAUGCGGUUAAGAGGACGGCGCUAUCACAGCGGGUCCGUGUCAGAAGCUGAUUCAAAAGACCUGAAGGGUAUGGUUCGUGAUGCCGAAGAGAAGAAACACAAAGGAAAAACAAAACGAUCGAUGAAAACGGGAGAUUCAAUGGAUUCCGAAGCUGAAGAAACUCAAAAGAAGAGUAAUUGGUUGGCAGAACUGAAAAGACCCAAUCUCAACUACCAAGCUUUCUUCACAGAUAAUGUUGGACAGGAGGAAGGUCUUUUGAUAUGGCAUAUUGAGAAUUUCGUUCCAGUUCAACUAGAAGAAGAAUUUUAUGGCAAGUUUUACACGGGUGAUUGCUAUAUUAUCUUAAAGACCGAAUACGACGACACUGAUCAGUUGACCUGGGAUAUUUAUUACUGGAUCGGUGGGGACGCUGCGCUGGACAGCAAGGCUUGUUCUGCAAUUCAUUCAGUAAACCUCAGGAAUUUCCUCGGGUCCGAGAACAGAAUUGUGCGGGAAGAACAAGGUGACGAAUCUGAGGAAUUUCUUGAUCUCUUCGAUGAAACCAUAAGAUACGUUGAAGGUGGUUCUGGUAGUGGGUUCUACUCUGUGGAGGAAACGGUGUAUGUCACUCGACUGUACAGAUUGGUUGGAACAGCUGUUGUUCAUCUUGAACCAGUUCCUCUUACUUUCAAGUCCCUGGAUCCGAGAUAUUCAUUUGUGCUGGACACUGGUUUGAAGAUAUUUGUCUGGUCCGGAGGAAAGGCGAAGUUGACCGAUCAUACAAAAGGAAGGUUGUACAGCGAGAAGAUAAACAAGAAUGAUCGUAAGAAUCGUGCAGAAGUGAUCGUUUAUGAUAAGACCGAGGAACCUGAGGACGAAUUCUGGGAAUUUCUUGGAGGAAAACCUUCGAAGAUUCAGGAAGUGUCAGCCUACGGAAAUUUCAAGACAACACAUCCUAUUAUCUACAAGGUUGGCCUGGGUAUGGGUUACCUGGAGUUACCGCAAGUGGAGACCCGUGGUAAACCAUUACUUCAAUCGAUGCUGGAUACAAAGGGUGUUUAUAUCAUUGACUGUCGAACUGAGAUAUUUACCUGGUUAGGUCGUAAAUCACCACGUUUGGUGAGGGCCGCUGCUCUUAAACUUGCUCAGGAAAUGAAAGUUAUGAUAUCCAGACCAGAAGAAGCCAUCGUCACCAGAAACCUGGAAAAGACCGAAAGUUGGAUCUUCAAGUCGAAGUUUUACGGUUGGAAUGAUGUGCUUCAGGUGGACUUCACGAGAACAGCCGAGACUGUAGCCAGCAGACGAAAACUACCAGUGGCUAAGACUAAAAGCAACACUGAAAUCCAACUACCAGAGCAGAUUGCAAAGGUUGAUCUAACCGCCUUGUUCACGCAACGCCAAGCUCCAAUGCCUGAUGCAGAAGUGGCACAACUUGUUGAGGAGUGGAAUGAAGAUUUGGAUGGCAUGGAGUGUUUCGUUCUUGAAGGAAGAAAGUUUACCAGAUUACCUGAAGAAGAGAUUGGUCAUUUCUAUAGUGGAACCUGUUACGUGUUUCUUUGUCGAUAUUUUGUUCCCGUGGAAGUGUCUGAUGAUGAAGAAGCCGAAGGUUCACCUGAUGAUGAGGAGGAAGAUGAGGAUUUUCAAUGCGUUGUCUACUUUUGGGAGGGUCGUGACGCAGGAAAUAUGGGUUGGCUAACAUUCACAUUCAGUUUGCAAAAGAAAUUCGAAGCUUUAUUCGGGGAGAAACUCGAAGUUGUUCGAACACCUCAGCAAAGAGAGGCUCCGCGAUUCUUAGCCCACUUUAAAGGACGUUUUAUUAUACACAAGGGUAAACGACACCCUAAAGUGCCCGAAGGAGAGAAACUCAAGCCAGAGCUGUUCCACAUCAGAGCCAACGGUGGAAAUCUUUACAAACGAGCGAUACAGAUUCCUGCUGAUCCAAAGUUGCUGAACUCCGAAUUCAGUUAUAUCCUCAAAGUUCCAUUCGAUAACGAGAGUGGUGGUGGUAUUGUCUAUGUCUGGAAUGGAAGUAAGGUAAACGAUCAUGAUUCAAGCCAAGCGACAGAUAUUGGCCAAGAAAUUUGGAACGAUGUAUCCUCGACUCAAACAAUACGGGAAGGUGCCGAACCAGAGAAUUUCUUCUGGGUGGCGUUAGGCGGGAAAACUGAAUACGACGAGGCAGCAGAUUACAUGAGAACCUGUCGUCUCUUCCGCUGUUCCAAUGAGCAAGGAUACUUUAAAGUUUCAGAAAAGUGUUCAGAUUUCUGUCAGGAUGAUCUGGCUGAUGAUGAUUGUAUGAUUCUGGACAGUGGGGAUGAGGUGUUCUUGUGGUUUGGAAACCAAGCAAGUCAUGUGGAGAAGAAAUUAACGUUUAAAAGUGCCCAGGUGUACAUUCAAUAUUUAUAUGAACACAAAGUUGGUAAUCCACGAAAACUGAGGUUCACUCAAAAAGGCGCGGAACCGCACGAGUUUACACGAUGUUUCCAUGGUUGGAGCGAGUUUCAUAUUCCUCGAGCUUAAGCUAUGAUGCACGAAAUCGAUCAAUAG